AUGGCCAGAAGGCACAGCAGCGAAUCCAGCGACGAGGAUGGACACAGGCAUCGUGGUCGGUCGAGGAAGGAAACAAAACCAGACGGCCGUUCCACUCGCGAGGGCUCAAGCGAUUCUUCUGAUUCCGAUAGAAGAAUUACGACCAGGAGGCACGAUAGAAAGGAUGCGCGUAGGGACGAGGAGGAUGAAAGAGCUAGGGUUGUAAACAGCCGCAGUGAGAAGGAAUUCAGUGGCGGCGAAGGUGAAGGACGGCGGCGGAGUGAGAAUCGGGAAGUGAAGGAAAGUUCCGAUGAAGAAGGGGAAUUGGUAGAGAGGGAUGGCGGUAAACAUGAAGAUGGGGAAUUAGUAGAUAGAGAUCGGGGUAGAAUGGGCAAGGCGAGGAGGAGCAGUGAGCGGAAUAGUGGUAGGAGCCCUGACGAGGGGCGGGACAAGAGAGACGGGCGGGAUAAGGACACAACUCGUCGGCACGAUAGUAGGGAUAGGAGGCGAGAAACUGAGGAUGAUUACAGAAACAGGGACCGCCAUUCCCGUCGGGAUGUAGAUCAUGAACGGUCAAAGGACGGGCAAAGAAGAGCAGAACGAUCCAGGGGUAGAGUUGAUGAUGAAAGGUAUAGGAGGCACCGAAACCGAGAUGAUGUUGAUGAUAAUGACCGUGAGAGGUAUAGGAGAGGCCGUGAAAGGGAUAGUCCGCUAGAGGAUUCUCGGAUGGAGAAAGAGCGAGAUGACGAGAAAGCCAGGGAGGAGUUGAAGCCUCACAGACUAGCGGCUCCUCAAGAUGGGGACUCGAAGAAUUCUGAUGCUUUGGCUCUGGGUAAGAGUGGUGGAAUUUAUAUCCCUCCAUUUAGGUUGGCGAGGAUGAUGAAAGAGGUCGAAGAUAAGAGCAGCCCUGAGUAUCAGAGGCUGACUUGGGAUGCACUUCGGAAGAGUAUCAAUGGACUUGUUAAUAAGGUCAAUGCUGCCAACAUAAAGAACAUAAUCCCAGAACUAUUCUCAGAAAAUCUGAUAAGGGGUAGAGGUCUUUUCUGCCGUUCUUGCAUGAAAUCCCAGAUGGCGUCUCCUGGUUUCACUGAUGUAUUUGCUGCUUUGGUUGCUGUUGUUAAUACCAAGUUCCCUGAGGUUGGCGAGCUUCUAUUUAAGAGGAUAAUCUUGCAGCUACAAAGAGCAUAUAAACGUAAUGACAAGCCUCAGUUGCUUGCUGCUGUCAAAUUUGUUGCUCAUUUAGUUAACCAGCAAGUGGUUAGUGAGCUCAUUGCUCUAGAGCUUCUUACUCUUUUUCUGGGCAAACCCACCGAUGACAGUGUGGAGGUAGCUGUGGGGUUUGUUACAGAAUGUGGUGCAAUGCUUCAAGACUUGUCACCGAAAGGCAUCAGUGGAGCUUUUGAAAGAUUUCGUGGCAUCCUUCAUGAAGGGGAGAUAGACAAGCGUGUUCAGUUUUUGAUCGAAGGUCUUUUUGCUAUAAGGAAAGCAAAAUUUCAGGGCUACCCUGCUGUUCGACCAGAAUUGGAUCUGGUUGAUGUGGAUGAUCAAUUGACUCAUGAAAUAUCUCUUAAUGAAAAAAAUAUAGAUCCAGAAACAUCUCUAGACAUCUUUAAAUUUGAUCCUGACUAUUUGGAGAACGAGAAGAAAUAUGAACAUUUGAAGAAGAACAUUCUUGGUGAAGACUCUGAGGAUGGGGAAGGAUCUGAUGCUGGUUCGGAUGAUGAUGAUGAUGAUGAGGACGAGGAUGAUGAGGACCAAUCUGAUGAAGAAGAUCAGGAAGAAAUGAUGCAAAUAAAAGAUGAAACCGAGACAAACCUUAUAAAUCUUCGUAGAACUAUCUACUUAACUAUUAUGUCUAGUGUGGACUUUGAAGAAGCUGGUCACAAGCUAUUGAAGAUUAAACUUGAGCCUGGGCAAGAGAUGGAAUUGUGCAUCAUGCUCUUGGAAUGCUGCAGUCAAGAGAGGACCUACCUGAAAUACUAUGGCCUUUUGGGGCAGAGGUUCUGCAUGAUUAACAAAGUCCACCAGGAAAACUUUGAAAAGUGUUUUGUGCAACAGUACUCAAUGAUUCACAGGCUGGAAACUAAUAAGUUGCGUAAUGUGGCCAAGUUUUUUGCUCAUUUACUUGGUACAGAUGCACUCCCUUGGCAUGUCUUGGCGUACAUUCGCUUGACUGAAGAGGACACAACUUCUUCUUCACGUAUAUUUAUCAAGAUCCUAUUUCAGGAACUAUCAGAACACUUGGGUAUCCGGAGACUAAACGAUCGUCUCUCAGACCCAGCAAUUCAGGAUUCAUUUGAAUCUAUUUUCCCGAGGGAUAAUCCGAAGAAUACAAGGUUCUCCAUCAACUUCUUCACGUCGAUUGGUUUAGGUGGAAUCACAGAAAACCUGCGGGAGUAUCUGAAGAACAUGCCACGUAUGAUCAUGCAACAACAGCAACCUGCCUCAGAUUCAGAGCCGGACUCUGAAGUUGACACAGCCUCGGACUCUGAUUCUGACUCGGAUGAUUCAUCUGACUCCGACUCGGAGGAAUCGGAUAGCUCAUCUGAAGAAGACAGACGUCGGAAGCGGAAGAAUAGAAACAAUGGAAGGAACAAGAGAGACAGCAAAAGGACCAAGAGUAAGCGGGAUUGA